AUGCCGAUCGGCAGUCUUACCCUCCUGCAACAGCCACCAGUCGCGGGCGUUAUGAAGAUCUCCAAUAUUCCCUAUUCUAUCACCAAGCAAGAGAUACUACAAUUCGUGGGACGCCAGUCUCGCUUGAGCUCGGGUCAAGCCGUCCACAUCAUAAUGGAGCGUUCAACUGCAAAGACAAUGGAUUGUUAUGUGGAAUUUGCGACACCAGGAGAUGCUAAAGAGACCGUGAAGAGAAUUGAUCGUAUCCAGGAAACAGGCCGUCCGCCUCGCUUGGGGAACAGACACGUUGACGUCGAAGUUAGUUCUCAGGAUGCCCUGCUGCGCGAUCUCUUUCCUCGUGCAAAGUGUGUCCACUGGCAGGCAGGUAUGCCCACUGUUCUCCGUAACAAUGAUCUCUAUUCCACAGGCUUUGCCGGCUUCUUCACCAGUGAGGAGAUUAUCGGUGCUAUUCGUCAUGCGGAGAUGCCUCACAGAUCUCCUUUCAGUACUAAAUGCCCUCAGCGUACCUAUGAGUCCACCAUCAGUACCCUCUACAAGUUCCCCUGGUAUGCCGUUGACCUUUACACGGUCCAUGAUCGUAACUUGCUCUUUGACUUGGUUAAUCGCCAGGUUAUGGCUCUUCUUACUCGCAUGAGUAGAGCGAAUACAGUGGGUCUGGAUCAGCGUCUCUUGAAUGACCUUCUUCGUUCCGGACUCGAAUGUCCAGGCUUCAACGAGCGCCAGAGAUAUACCUUGUGUGUCAACGCAGAGAACUUCGCUGAAUUGAAUAAACUAUCGGACAUCAGUAAAUGGUUUCCCUUUGACACCUUGGCUACUGUGCCUAACCUCGACGAGCACACUUACAAGUUUAUUGUCGACUUAAUCUCCAAGGGCUCGAUCCACGCCAUGUCUUACCCAGAACUUCCAAACAACUUCCCCUCGGAUAAUGUCAGCCUCAUCUCGCCCUUUGGCCCGAUCUGGUUCGAAUGGCCCGAGGAAGUUGCUAAGCGCACGCUCUGGCAGGACGCGGUCAGUCAUGAGACCAACAUCUUGUUUGAUCUUCUAUCUAGCGGAUCCAGAAACCCCCAUGGCAGAAAGCUGUCUUUCGGGAGUCACAGCACUCGGAGCAGCGUCAUGUCACCAGACACAGACAGUCUGUCCCAGUACGAUGUGUUCUCGCCUCCUCCACGUCGGGCAAGUGACUCAUGGCACAUGCGCGCUUACUCUUACAGCGGCAUUGAGGACAACCCUUGGAAUUCCAGGCUGCUUCUUCAUUCAGAUGGCAGAGGCCGUAAUGGUUUUCCAGGACACCGCUUCACCAGAUCUUCUCCAGUCAAUGUCCCGGUCUUCGAUGAUUGA